GGCGUGUGUGUGUGUGCGUGCGUUGUACCGUGCUGUUGGGAGGUUUAUCAUCAUUACGUCCGAAGUUUUGCCCUGAGGAGGGAGGGAGGAUGGAUGGAUGGAUGGACAGUUACUGCAUUUGGCGUGCUUCUGUGUCGUAGAGCAGUACUGGCCUGUGUUCGUAUCCAUAUCCGCACUCACACUCGUAGCCAGAUCCACGCUCACAUCCACACCCACACUCAUAUCCACACUCAUACUCGCGUCCAUAUCCACACUCACAUCCACAACCACAUCCACAACUCCACCCCUCAACAACACCACCCCUCAACAACACCACCCACCAAGACCAACAAAUGCCAACCCCCCUUCUCCUCAGCCUCUGCCCAACACCCAAUCCAUGCCUGCCAUCAUUCUAAACCCUAGCCCUCACACUCACCAAUACAUCCCCACGAACCAACACCCACACAUCCAACCCAACAAACUAUCCAACAACCAUCCAACCCACCAUACCGUUCCAUCUCGUUUUCGCUAACUCAACCCCUGCCCAUACACUUCCUGGACACGGCCUGGAUGAGAUCAUGUUGCUGUUCUAUCACUUUGCCAUCACAGUAUACUACAUUGCCAUUGCCAUUCCAUUGCAGCCUCGACGCGCGGACAUCGAGUCC